AGCAUGAGGUUCAGCCAGUGAAAAUGUAUGGAGUGUCUUGUUUAAAGACAACGGGGGUCACUAGAUUACAGAGUACUUGGUGGGGAGUAAGGUGUAAGACCACUGGAAAGGGGGACGGGUUAUAAAGAGAUUUAAAAGCCAAAUGGAGAAUUUUAUAUUUGAUCUCAGCAGUGACUGAGACCUCCUGGAGUUUAUUGAACAGGGGGUAUGGCACAGUUAGACCUGCUCUUUGGCAGCUGAUUGGAGGAUGGGUUAGAGAGGAGAUAGACCCAUGGCAAAGAGAUCAACCAGCAGUCAAUUUUGUUCAGUCAUGAAGUGAUAAGGGCCUGUACCAGGCUGGUAGUAGUAUCAGAAGAAGGAGAUAUAUAGAAGGGAUGUUGUGAUGGUAACAUUGACAAUAUUUUGGAACUUGGAUAUAGAGAAAGAAACAUGGAAGGACCAAGGGUGACCCCUAGGUUGUGAAUCUGAUCACCCUCAAAAGUAACAGAAAAGUUAGGAAGGAGAUGGGGUGGGAUGAAAGAUGAGUUGUUUUGGACAUGCUGAGUUUAAGAAACUCUGAAGGGAUCACAAGUGGAAAACGUUAAAGAAGCCCUGGUCUGUAGGACAUCCAAUUUGAGAUGUUUAGUAGACACCAGGAGGUUCAAGACUGGGAGUCAGCAGAAAGGUUAGAGCUAGAAAGAUAGAUUUGAGAAUGAUCAGCAUAGAGAUGAUUGAAUCCAUCUGAGCUAAUGAGAUCACCAAGUGGAGAGAGCCCAAGGAUUGAGCCCUAGGGUGGCGCUGAUGGUUAGUGGGCUUGACCUGGAUGAAGAAUCAGCAAAGGCAGCUGGGAAGUGGUCGGAUGGUUAGGGGAAGAACCAGGAGAAAGCAGUGUCCUAAAAACCCAGAGAGAAGGAGAAGGGAAAAGAGAUCUCCUUCAACAAGAAGAAGGAGCUGAACAACAAAGAGGUCAAGAAGGACGAGGGUUGAGAAAAGACACUUUAAUCAUUUGGCAUUUAACAGAUCAUCACUAACUUUGGAGGGGAAAAUUUUGGUUGGAUGAUGAAGUUGGGAGCCAGACCAUAGAGAGCUAAGAAGGAGGUGAGAGGAAAGGAAGUAGAAGCAUCUUGUAGGUAGCCUUCUUGAGUUUAGCCACAAAAGGGGAGAGAUAGGACAGCAGCUAGCAGGGACAGGCAGGGAGGAUGGGGAAAAUGGGGAAAUGCACAUUCUGAACCCUCUGUCCCUCUCCCCCUCACCAUAUGUACGUGGUUCUGGUUCAAGCGGUAGUGAUGACUCCAGUGGGGCUGGCUACCAUUGGAUGGUGGGCGUCUGAGCCAGGCGGGCAUAUGCCAGGCCCACCAGAGCCAGUAUCUUAUCUGUUGGGAAUGCCUUGGACCAGAGUAUAAGCAACCUCCCUGGGAGAGGGGGCCAGGAAGGUGCCUCCACAAAGAGGUGUGAGACUGAGCUGGGGACUGAGGGGGAGAUAACUAAAUUGCUUUGUGGAGUCUGGGAUGGUACAAUGAAUUGUGUCCAGAAGCUGGAAUGAAGAUGUGGCAUGUUUGGGGUAUUUGAUUAUCUUAAGGUAUAUUCAAGAUAAUGUGGGCCAUUUUAGGGAUAUCUUUGGAGGGUGCCUGGGGAUUUAGAAUGUUGGAUUGGGGUGUGUCAGAAAUGUUGGAACAGAUUUUUGAUGGUCCAUAAGAGUGUAUUUGAAAUACCUAUGACCUGUGUGGGGAGAAUAUAUUUAGAAGCAGUAUGAUCUAAUUGGGUAAAGAGAUGUCCUCAGUUAAGAAGGCCUGAGAUCAGGUUCCACCUUUGGCUUUGUGAUCCUAGGCAAGUCAUUUUAUCCUGGCAAUUCCUUAAGACUAUAAGGUACAACUCAGGUGCUGAUCUGCAUUGCUAGAAGGGGUUUUCUCACUGGGAGCACCUUAUGCCAAUAAAAUCACAGGUCUGGACCCCCAAAAUACAAAAUGUUUGGUGCUGGUAUACUUAGGUUGUUCCAUGGGGGUGAGAGACCAGUCAGAGGAAUAAAAGCCCAAGGGUGUCAGAGCACAUGCUCAAGGUGUGGGGGGGCCCGUGACCCCUCCUCCUCCCCGGGGCCCCCACUGCCCCUCCACCUCCUAUGGCAGAUGACCCUGAAGUGCACAUUGAAUCCGGGCCUGGUGUACACCAAAGCGAACCCCAUCUUCCACCACUGGCAGCUGGGUGACCACAAGUUUGGCCUGACUUUCCAGAGCCCAGCAGAGACUGACACUGUCCAGAGAAGCAUGCAGACUGCCCUAACAGAGCUGGUCCAAGGCUCUCUCUCCUCACCCUCUUCCUCUUCUUCCAACACCUCCCAGGAGCCCCCAGAUGUCCUCUGCACCAAGACACACCGGGACAGCCAGUCUUCUUCCAGCUCUAUCCGCCAAGAGGCUAGGCCCCCAGAUCCAGCUAUAGUCACUAGCAAGUCGUCUGGUUUGGGCCCAGCCAUGACCUCCCAACGUCGGCCUUCCCACGCACAGAGCCCUCCACAACUCCAGCAACUUCAGCCCUUCCCGGUCAGGCCUGAGGCCCCAGGAACCAUGCCAGGCUGGGUGGGCCGGGGCUACGAAGAUUAUCGGAGAGCCGGCCCGCCUCCUGUGCCCCUGGCCGUGUCCUGUGUGAUGCGCUUUGACAAAUCGGGCAGCACGUCGCCUCCCCGCCAGGCGGCGAGCCCCACAGUGCCAAGGACCCGGGCGUCCCCACCCCCGCCGCCCCCAACUCCGGCUCCAGCCCAGCUCCUGGCCAAGGGCUCGCCGUCUUGCCGCGUGACGGCGAGCUUCGUGCAAGAGGCGUCCGCCGCAGACGCUACGCGCUGCGUGCACUGCCGGGCCCUGUUUCGCCGAGGCUCAGACGGGCGAGGGCGACACUGCCCAGAGGCCCCGGACCCAGGGGGCCGUCUGGUGCGCCGCCUCAGUUGCCUCUGGUGUGCGGAGAGCCUUCUUUACCACUGCCUGUCGGACGCCGAGGGCGAUUUCUCGGACCCGUGCGCCUGCGAGCCAGGCCACCCACGCCCAGCUGCGCGCUGGGCAGCCCUGGCUGCGCUGUCCCUCGCAGUGCCCUGCCUCUGCUGCUACCCGCCCUUGCACGCCUGCCACUGGGCCGCGGUACGCUGUGGCUGCCCUGGCUGUGGUGGCCACCACGAGGCGGCCCGGUGAGUGAGGCCUCGGGCUGCGAUGGGGCGGCCCACAACCUGCGGUGCUCUGCCGUUCGAGCCCAGAUGUGGGCAGCCGGAGCGGGGAGCACCAGAGCCCAGACGUGCAGCUUUGGAGGCCAGUCCUGGAAACCCAGAGCUCGAAUCUUGCCUGGCCUCCAGCCAAGGCUGGCCACUGGGAUAACAUCGCUGACCCUUCCAGUCGCCCCUCAGCAGCUCGUGCCCGCCUGGCUCCCUAGAUCCGCUGGGAGGCAUCUUGUUCUACCCUGGUACUCUGGUCUUCCCUCCCAGAAAGCUCAGUGGACAACAGGGACUACGAUAACCUGCUGCUGCCCAUCCAGCGCCUCCUUCCCCCAGCUCUGGAAACAUCCCUUCCGACUCUCCUGAAGGCCCUUCUCUUCUGAACUGAAGAACUCCAUCCGACCCCCAGACUGUGGCCCCUCCACAAACAGCUAAGGAAGAGGAGGGGCGUAUACUGAAACGUUGAGACUGAAGUCUCUCCCUUCCCUCUUCCCCCUUACUCUUCCGGGUUCCAGAGCCUCCCAAGAUCCAGGCACUAAAGGGAGUGAGCCUGUGUCCCAGUCAAGGUUGGGAAGGCCUGCCCAACCUAAGAGCCACGGCUCAGGGGCCUUAUAGCUGCUGACUUCUGGGUGGAGAGGGAGUGGUGCCUCUCCCUCCUUCCAUCCCUCCCAAAGUUUGGGCUCAGACCCCGGCCCCGCCCCAUCUCAGCACCUUUGCCGAUACUUUAAAUUAAUGAUCUCUCCUUCCCUGAUUGGCCCAGAGUAUCUGUGGAUCUGACUCCUCUUCGGGUCCUUUGGGAGGGAGAGGGGAGGGAGGGAGAGCCUGAGAAGCAGGGACACCAGAGUCCCACCUCUCCCCACCACCUUUCUCCCUCUCUGUGCCUAGGUCUCCUCUUGCUGUGGAGAGGGGAAAAAUUUCUAGACUUCACCUACCUCGUUUUUAAGGGUGGGGGGGAGAAGAGGGUGUGUGUGCUGUAGGGUGCUCUGGGAUGUAUUUAUGAGGACAGGUGGGACCCUCUCUUUGCCCUGGAGCUUCCCAUGCCUCAGUUCCCCACCUUAGCCCACCUGUCACCCAUGACCCUCCCACCCCCUCCAGGCUUAAGCAGACUUGGGACCCCAACAGUGGGUCAAAAUUCUCUUCUCUGUCCAGGCCAGGGCCCCUCCCUAUUUCUAUUUCCUUGUGCCAGGAAUUGGGGGAGCUGGACCUCUCUUCUCUGGUUUGUCACCUUAAGAGUGUACCUUUUAUGUGGGACAAAGCUGUGGAACAAGAGGAGGGUGUUAUAGUGUGGGUAUUUUCUUCCCUAACCUCAGCUCUCCCCCACCCCCCAGGAAUUGAAGAAAACCUGAGGGAGAUCCAAUAUAAUGGCUUUAAAACACAUUUGUUGCUAAUUCACUUGCAGCCUGGCUUGCUUUUUUUUUAUAUUUAGUAAGCUAGCCCUACCAAGAGAU